AUGGUGGAUUUCUCUUUGAAAAAGGCUAGAAAUAAUUGGAAAAGUCAUAUAAAAACAGCAAAUAGUAGUAAUAAUAAUACUAGUAUCAAAAAUUAUGGUAGUGCUGGGUCUAUUAUUAGCUCUUCUUCUAAAAAUUCAAAACAAUCUAGCAAUGUAUCAUCCAAUGUAAAAGUAAAAGACACCAAUAAAAUGACUAAAAAGAGUAACAACACUGAGAAGGAUGCUCUCAAUUUAUCUACACCAUACAGUAAGUUGCCUGAAGUUAAUGCUCAUGAGAAGAAUAAAGCAGCCUCCUCUAUGCAUAGGAGAUUAUCAAUGUACAGUUCCAAACAUGUACCACCAAUUGCACUUCAACAACAGCAAUAUUCCAUCCCAUUGCCUUCUUUACCAAUAAACAAUCUAAGCCAAUUAUCAUUUGCGCAGUCGGACCAAAUUGCAAUUGAUCUUAAUCAUAAAGAUGGAGAAGUCAUUAAUGAUACAUUAAAUGAAAAUUAUUUAAGAGAAGUUAUUCAAACCAAAAAUUUACGAUUAUUACUCUCUAAUGAAAAUUUUAAUGCAAAAGAAUUUAUUCACAAUAAUCUAACUAACGCGUCUGCCACAGAUAUUGACCAAUUUACUACUGCGUUGAAUGAAUUAUCUGAAAGUAUUCAGGUUGAAGUUAAAGAUAAUAUAAAUAAAUCUUACAAAGAAAUUUUACAAGUUAAUCGUGAUUUGAAUCUAUCUACUAAAGAAUUAAAUCAAUUACGAGAUAAUAUUCAGAAUUUAAAUGAAGUUAUGAAUAAAUUUGUUAAUAUUGCUGACAGACGAAUUAACUGGGAAAAUCAAAGAAACGAUGAAAGAUCAAUCAGCAAUAACAGUAAUAACAGUAGUAUAGGUGAUGAUAAGUCUACAUCUAUGUUAUUGCCUCCAAUAAAUAACAAUAGUAAUGUAUUUGAUGACAAGAAUAGCACCAACAUGAAUAGGGAUAUGACUAAUAUUAAUACUGUGAAAAAGAUAUGGAAUGAGGAAUUAAUCAAUUUGGAAAAAGAGAUUGAAGGUGCUACAAAUUUUCUGGUCUCAAAGGAUAGACAUUUAAUUGUUAAAAGUGAUGAGUUACUUGAAUUAAAUGUUACUACAUUAAGGUAUUUACAAACUGUCAGAUUAUAUAUUUUUAAUGAUAUAAUCCUUGUUGCUGGAAAGAACAAUAACAACAAUAAGAAUAACUAUAUAUUGAAACAAACUUUUGAUUUAAAGGAUUAUUCUAUCAGACAAGAUAUUAGAAACAAUAACAGAUUAAUUUUUAAAUCACACCGUCCUAGCAAUAUGGUAUCAUCUUCCACUACCACUGAAACAAGCAAUAAUACUGAAAUUAAUGACAUUAAUGGUAGCAAUAAUAGUAAAAUUAAUGAGAACGAAAAUUUCUUUAAUAAUAUGAAUAAUAGUCCCAAUUUUAAUGACGAUAUUGUUUCAAUGUAUGAGAGUCGUAAUAAAAAUGAAGUUGAUAAAAUCAUUGAAGCCAUAAGAAGUGCAAAAGAUGAUUUAUGUGAUAUUUUCCAAAAUGAAUUACAGUACGAAGAAAAAUUAAAGGAAUCUUUCAGACACUUACAAUUCACUCAACAGACUCCAGCUAAGGAUACUAAUUUAAGUAAGAGUCCAAUAAAAAAUGCAAGAUACAGUUUAAAUAGUAAUAAUACUAUCAAUGAUAAUAAUACUAAUAAUAAGAAUAGUGAUGUGAGCCGUUUUUACAGAAUUAGUAGUAGUAGUAAUAAUAUGAUUAACUAUAAUGAUUUAAUUACAGAUCAUCAACUUUUACAAUCUUUAACUAUAGCAAUGAGAGCUAACAUGAGAGAUUCAAGGGUUGGAACCUCUUCUUCAUUAUCUACUUCUUUAGCCUCUGCGUCAUACUCUUCUUUCACCAAUCAAUUAUUGACAUACGAUGACAAUAUUGAAGAAGUGGAUAUUAUGAUUGCAAGAAACAAAUAUUUUGUUGCUAUAUCAACCCUAAUGAAAAUUAAGAGACAGUUAAUUCAAUUGUAUCCACAGUUGACGGAAAUUGAGACCAAUUUCUUAGAAUUAUUAAUGAUAAAAAUUAAUUUAAGAUGUGAUUCAAUAUAUCACAAGGCAGUCAACAAACUAACUAUUAAUAGCACAACCAACACGACCACUUCGAAUAAUAAUAAUGAAAUAGCACAGUUAUUAAGUAUUGUCGAAACAAUGAUUGAAUUGGGUAAAGCUGAAGAAGGUUUAGAAUUAUUUUUACAAAAUCGUAGUAAUUUAAUUCAAGAUUUAAUCUUAAAAAUAGGUUCAAUUGAUAAUCUAACUAAUUAUUUAACUCAAUUAUCAAUUAUUCGAUUUCAAAUCAUUAAGCAAACAGUAUUAAAUUACAAAACCUUAUUUGAUUCCAAUAAUUAUGAUAAUAACCACAGCAGUGACCAUACUCCAAAGUCUUAUCAAUAUUUAAAUGGGUAUAAUAAUACUAACAGUAGUGAAAGCAAGAACAAAUUACAAAAGGAAUUGUCAUCUAUUUUAGUGAACUGGUGCAGCACAGAGAUAGAUAAACAUUUCCAGUUAAUUAAUAAACAAUUAUUGAAUAAUGAAAUGAUCUCACCUAUGUCAAUCAAAUCGUCAAGAAAACAGAUAGAUGAGCUAAAGAGUGUAGGAUUAGAUUUUGUCUACAAAUUAGAUGAAUUUAUCAGGCUGAACAGUCAAAGAAUCGGUUAA